GAUGAUUCAACAGGAGCAAAAUCAUCACCAGCAUUUAAUUUAACUUGCCCAUAACCAUCAACAUGCCUUUUUGUUUAUGCCAAACGUUAUGAGCUCUAGUGCAUUAGAUAAAGAAACAAGGCUUUUAUUAAAGGGAAAUUUGGAUAGAAAGAAAUCAGCCCAAACCUACCAAAGGAUAACGAAUGUAGUGUCAAUGCAAUGUAUAUUAAGAUAUUUAAUCAUUAAAACCAAAGAUAGAUCUAUUAUUCGAAGGCGUUCUAAAAAAGGAUUUUAAAAAUUCAAACUAUAUCUAUUGUAUUUAUAAUAUUUACUGCAUCCACUUGUUUUUCC